UAUAUAUAUAUAUCCAUUGGCUAUUAAUUCCUGUACUAGUCCUCUUCGCUCAGUUACCAAACAUACAUGGAAGAUAGUUUCGCAGCAACUCAUGUUUUGAAUCGCCUGCAAUCAAAUGGCACAACAGGCAAAGUUAUUGCCUGCAAAGCCGCGGUGGUUUGGGCGGCUGGAGAGCCGUUCUCGAUCGAGGAGGUGUUGGUCGACCCGCCACAGCGGAAGGAGGUCCGCAUAAAGAUUUUAUACACAUCAAUCUGCCACACUGAUCUCAGUGCGUGGAAGGGAGAGAGCGAGCGGCAGCGCGUGUUCCCUCGAAUUCUUGGUCACGAGGCCGCCGGGGUGGUGGAGAGCGUGGGCGAAGGAGUGGAGGACAUGAAGGAAGGGGACCAUGUGGUGCCUAUAUUCACGGGAGAGUGCGGCGAAUGCGCGUAUUGCGUGUCGGAGAAGACGAACCUUUGCGCCGAUUAUCGCGUGAAUCCGUUCAAGAGCGUGAUGAUCGGCGACGGCGGCACCAGGUUCUCCGUGAAGGGAGCCGACGGAGAGCGCCGCCCGGUCUACCACUUCCUCAACACGUCGACCUUUGCCGAGUACACCGUCCUCGACUCCGCCUGCGUCGUGAAGAUCAACCGGAAGGCGCCUCUCGAAAGAAUGUGCUUGCUCAGCUGCGGAAUCUCUACAGGAGUGGGUGCCGCGUGGAAUACGGCGAAUGUGACAGAGGGCGCCUCCGUUGCCAUAUUUGGUCUAGGCGCUGUGGGGCUGGCGGUUGCCGAAGGGGCACGGUUACGAGGAGCAGCUAAGAUUAUUGGGGUUGAUAUUAACCCAGACAAAUUUGCCAAAGGGCGAGAGAUGGGCAUCAUGGAAUUUAUAAACCCCAAAGAGUGUACAAAGCCCGUGAAUGAGGUAAUAAAGGAAAUGACGGGUGGAGGGGUGGACUACAGUUUCGAGUGUGCAGGCAACUUGGACAUCCUACGUGAAGCUUUUGUGUCAACUCGUGAUGUAAGCUCUACUCUUUGCUUUAUACUAAUUAUUAAUUUAUUUGGGGCAAAAUAUACUCAGAAAUUUUCUAUCCAAAGAUUCAAAGUGGUGAGGCAUGUGGAACCGGUCGUGCUGAACACUUAUCGAUAUAGUGCAGUAUGGCGUAUACCAUAUCGUACCAAUAUGUGCCAUGCAUAUUGCCAUUGAUAUAAUAAAAUAUGCUUGUGAAUAUAUUUUGGCGUAAAAAAUUCCUACUUUGGCAUUAGUAUACUCUAAUUGCUCUUAAUUAACAUAGUUUUUUUUUAAUUAAAUUGUACUAUAUCGGUACUCUAUUGAUACAAUUAUUUGUUAAUUUCGAUUUUUAUUUUUUAAGCCAUGCUAUUGGCAUUGGAAUAUCAUAGUGUGACAAUAACUUAUUGCCAUGGUAAUUAAAGUGCGGUGGACGCUGUAU